AUGGCCGAUACAGCGGCUCGCCAACUUUCAGCCAAGUUGAAACCCCCUGGGUCCAAGAUUGACAAACGUCAGAUCACACGCAAUCGGACAAGCUACAGCUGCAUGACUUGUAGAAGACGCAAAGUCAAAUGCGAUAAAGUCCAUCCUAUUUGUGGCGGAUGCCAGAAGGCCAAUGAGGAAUGUCUUUACACCUUACCAGAAAACCAAGAGUCAAAUGGAUUUUCUGAAGAAUCAAAAUCAUCUACUGCCCUGGAUUUGAAGAAGAGAAAGAUCGGGUUUAUUCAGGAUGGCUCGGCAACGUCACCAGCCAAUGAGAAUGGAGCGGCAGGCUCAGUAUCGCCAAACCAUUUAAGGGCCAUUGAGGAUCAAUUGCAGCGGCUGUCCACGUUGGUUGACUCACUACGCAGCAACAGUUCCAACGAUGAGCAUUCCUGGCUGCGGAACUUGCUCACGCCAAUGGCUUCUGGUUCAGAGAAAGACACAGAGGAUGGACAGCCUCCCCGUAAUCUAAGCCUAGGGAUGUUUCAAUCGGCCACCCAUGGAUCUGUUAAAGACGCGUCAGAGCUUAGCAAGCCUCUGUCGAGCCUUAGACUAGGCCAGGCUGAGCAGCUCACUCCUGAAGAUUCGUUCUGGAAUCAUAUCACCUCAGAGAUCAACCAGUUAAAUGAAGCGAUGCGUCGGCAACAUAACACUUACGUGAACGCGACUAGCAUACAGAAUGAUGCCUGCACUGGGAAGCUGCCAGAGAUUCUUGAGCCCCGGGAUCACCUGACACAAGAGAAGAACCAGUUAUCCGACCAGCAAAGUUUCCAGAAGGAAGCAGGACUUGAGGUCCCCUGUUUCUACGACCCGGACAGUUCAUGCCCAUGUUGUCGACUGAUGCCCUUCGCGAAGUCGACCCUUCUUCAGGACAUUUCGGUAAAGACCUCCCCGAAGCUCGCCAGGGAGCACUUGCAUAGACAUGUGCCUUCAAGUUCUCAGAGUAAUGUCCUUUUUCGCUGUUGGCUGUCCGGCGUGCAUCCUCUCUUACCUGUUUUAAUUCCAACAGAGAUCCAGAAAAUGCACGAGAAGUUCUGGUCGCAGAAUGACCCAAAUGCGACAGACAGAUCAGGGUUUGCGGACCUCGGAUCUGCGGCUUUGAUGUAUGCGAUUUGGUACGCCGGCUCGCUUAGUCUGUCUCUCGAAGGAUUCAACCGAUGGUUCCCGGGCAUGACACGAGCAAAACUCAGCGCGAGACUACACGAUCAAGUCGUCCUUGCUCUACAUCUCUCAGAGUUUUCGCGAAAUUCCACGCUGCACACACUCGCAGCAUUUAUCAUCAUCUGCUCUCUUCCUGCAUCAGAAGAAGACCCAACGCAAGCUACUCUGUACUUGCAAUUAAUUGUCCGGCUUUCCAUGACCAUGGGCCUGCACAGAGAACCCACUCUUUUCAAUAUGUCCGUAGCUGAAGAGGGUAUGCGUCGCCGCCUGUGGUGGCAUGUCAUUCAGUUGGAUGUUUCCCAAGUUGUGGCUACUGGUUAUCCUUCAUUGAUUUCAGAGACAUUUUGUGAUACGAGGAUCAUCUGCGAGGAUCACGAUGCCUUGACCGAUAAGGAUACGCCCGACGUAGACUCUGAAACAGCCUCCAAACCCAUGUCCUCUAAUGGCGCAAGCCCACCGGCCCAAGGCUCAGUUUGGGAGUCAUAUCGCACCUUCUCCCACGUUGCCAGAGCCAAGUCCAUCAUAUCCUGUGCUUUCAGAAGUGUUGUAUCUACUCAUUUGAGCGCCAAAGCCCUCACCAACACAGACAUGGCUGAGAUGAAGCGUGUCAUGACAUCAGCAAGUGAACAAGUAAACUAUAUCAUCAAACAGAUCCCAUCGAAAGGUCUCCCUGAACUAGGCUUUACGCCCAAUGGACUGAACCAGAAGCUACCACGAGUUCUCGAUCGCGAAACGUCCAUGGCAGAUCCAAUCAGCCUCAGGGAACUAGGUCAUUAUACCGAUUUAGCAGGUGAUCCGGAUACCGCAUCAGCUGCAGCCUAUUUCUAUCGCUCAAGGCGUGCGGCAUACAACAAAUGGGCAAGAAUCAAUCUGUCCAUGAUGAACGACAAACUCCACUGUGUUGCUUAUGCACCAUUUUUGAAGAAUACCAAAAGCAAAUUGUGGAAUGUAGGUAGGCAGUGUGCAUUGCACAAUUGCCACAGCUUCCUAAGGAAAUUCAUAUCGGUCGCCAGCGAUCAUGAGCUGGAACCUUUCUGGUGGAGUUGGCCUGCAAUGUAUGGCCCAAUGCACGCCGCACUCAUCGUUUUGGUAGACUUGUAUGAGAGGCCUCGCAGUGUUGAAGCACCGAGAUCGAGAGAAUUAAUCGAUUCGGUUUUUGCGUACUCUUCUCCCGAACGGGGCAUUGUUGGGGGUCCAAAUGGUGUAACUGUGCAUCGACCCAUGCGCGAAGGAGGUGUUGAGGCGUGGGACAUGUUGAGAGGGCUAAGGUCUGCCGCCUGGCAAAAGGCAGGCCUUGAUCCCCAGGUGUUAUGGAAAGAGGCUGACGAAAUCGACAUCGGCUUUGUGAAGCCGUUGACCGAUGCUCAAAGGAUAGCUCAAAGCAUACGAGAAGACGCUUGCUAUGAGAGUAACCGAGACAGCAAUCAGUAUCCCACAAAAAACCAAUCAGAUGCAGAAAAUGUUUCCUACGAACAGGGUGUGCAUUAUGCGUUCAGGCUCUCACAGCAUGAAAUGCUUGGAACCGAGGGGCCUGAAGCGCAGGAAUGCGGCAAAGCCGUGCGAGAUCGUUUUUUCCAGGAGAUUGGGAAUAAUGAGCGACAAAAUCCUGCUCAUGGGCUUGCCUGGCGAAGUGACCAGCAAAAGAUGCCUUUCCCGCUUAGUGCCAACUUGGAGGCAUGUUCAGGUUCAGCGGCUCAUACAGGAGAGACCCCAGGCCAUCUUCUGGGUCUGGGCACACAUGUUCCAAGACCGGGGAUGCAACGUUUAUCAUGCUCUGCGCGGGAGGAUCCAUCGGAUGGAUUUCUCGACGGUGCAAACAAUACCGAACAUAAGCUUAAUGGAAAUCCUCCACCAGAUCCUAGGCAGUGGGCACAAGUUUCCUCGGUUCAGCAUCCGGCUGAGCCGAAAUCCGAUAGGCUUUCUGCAGAGGUUCAUAACCAGAAUGGGGAAAUUUGGAACAACGGCGUUUCCCACAACACGUUUGUCAAUGCUCACGUGCAAGGUCAAAGUCAUCAGCAAGACCAGUCCGUCACCAAUGGUACCCGUCCGGAGAGCCAGUACCAUCGAGAAAAUCCUCCAACUGAAGCUGACCUGGGCUUUGACUGGGAGAAGUGGGACUCUGUCUUUGGUCAGUACUCUGGAUUCACCGACAUGAUGGAGGAUGUGAAAUGGCAUGACUAUUUGGAGGAGUAA